UGGUAGCUUUAAAAGCCAGUUUAACCUCAACAGUAACAACAAUAACGACAACUCUUACAGUUAUAUUAGAAUCUUCGAGUUUAUUUAAAAUGGUGAAAUAAUAUAAUUUUUAACCAAGUAAAUGUGUCAAAUUAUGUAAUGAAAAUGGUGACAAAUGGUUUGUUAGAGAGAGGGAAAAUGGUUAGCUAAAGAUUGAUGCCAAUAAAUAAAGUGUGAUGAACAAAUAAACGAUAUUUUGUUUUCUCUCAUCUCUCUAUUUAUUUUUCAAUUUGCUUCGAACAAGUAAAUAUUGUCAAUGAUAAAGGAAGACCAAUUCUGAUUCAAGAUAAAAUAAGUUAUCUAACAUUAUCUCCAUGCUGUCUCUCAUCUAUUAAUAUUUUGUUGCUGUUUUCCUCAUCGCCAACACUCGAUAAGUUUUCAUUUAAUCAAUGGUUCAACCAGAUUGUCAUCAUCAUCAUCACAAUAACGCAAGAAUCACUUUCUAAUUCUAUUUCUUGGUUCUUCAAUUUUUUCGUCUUCUUCUUCCCUUUCAUCAUCCCAGUCAUCUCUACUGUUACAGCAACCAUCAACACACAAUAGAUUACAAUUUAAACUGUAACCUGCACCGAAACAGUUCUAUCAUGUGCUUUGUGCAUUACCAACUCUUCAUAUUUGUUUCCGUUAUUCUGUCACCAUCACAACCUUCAAAUCAAUCAACUAUCUAGUGAUUUUUAUCAACUUUAACCAAUGACAACAAGAUAAAUUAUUGUUACACUGGAAUAAAAUUGGAAAAAAACGUCACACUGAUUGCGACCUUAUACUUUUCAUGCCAAUCCAUUGUUCGUCUUUAUCAUUUCAUUUAAAUCCAUCAGCAAAAUUCGUCCUAUUCAAACCCAUUUUUUCCAUCAACCACUCAUUCUACUUCUAGUUCAUUCUUCUGGCCUUUUAUUCAAUCUCUUUUCACUCUACGUUGUUUCCAGUAUUUUAAUUAUUCCAUGUUGUUUCCAACUCAUUACAUGUAACCCAAAAAUUGAGUCAUUUCACUAUCUAAUUCAAGUGCCAUUGAUUUUUCCUUAUCCUAGUGUCUUUCACUUUGAACUCUUCAUCAUACACUAACUCAAAAGUAAAACCCAAUCUAGUGUGAUUCAAAAAGUCAACCUUCACCAUCAUCUAAACCCGGAUCAUCACUAAUAAUCCUGUUUGUCAAAAUACCACCGAGAAAAUGGAUAUACAUUUCAAACCUUGUAUUUAAUCCUUCUAUUAUUCCUGACCAGUUUUUUUCGACCAAUCCAGAUCAAAGUCAAGCCUUAAACUUGAUGACCAACAUAACAAUUGGAAAUAUCCUCUCUUUACCCAAUCAUCCCAAUUUAAAGUACAGCUCAGUUUCACCCCUGGAACCCUCUAAUUUCAGUCAAAGGUUAUUGUUGAGAUGAAACUUCGUGGUGGUCAUCGACUUAAAUUCAUCUAUUUCAGCGUAUUACUUGCCUUAAUACCAGCUUUAACCAUAUUGGUCCUUUUCACGGGGGACAUAUCAAUUGAUCGAUCAAUCUCUGGACCCUCCAAAGAAGCCAUAUUAACCCAACAAUUGAUCGAACUGAGAGAAAAGUUAAACCAUGUGGAAAUGCUUAACCAACAGCGUAAAAUUGAAGUCAACUAUUUAAGGGAAACAAUAAGAUCCGUGUCCAACAACGACACCCGAUCGUAUGAAACAUUAAACCAUCGAGAUCAAAAUAAUUAUGGAAGUCCAACCGGACUGGAUAUUCCCUACCAAAGUCAUUCAGUUUCCUCGGAUCAAAUUGAACUUCCCACACUAGUCCAUUUUUUGCCCCAUCUUCUCAAAAACCCGGACCCAUUGACACCAGCUUUCCGUCGAGCCUCUGCACGUUAUCCCAAUGGACGAACCGGUGUUAACCUAGUUCUUGGUAUACCAACAGUCAAGCGUCCUGUUCAAUCAUAUUUAGUUCAAACUCUUCGUAACAUCAUUGACAACAUUAACCCAUCCGAAAGGGAAGAAGCUUUAAUAGUUGUUUUCAUUGCUGAGACUGACAUGGUUCACGUUAAGAAGCAAGUGGCUGAGUUGGAAGGUGAAUUCAGUGAAUUUAUCGACUCUGGUUUAUUGGAGAUAAUUUCACCCUCUGCUGCCUAUUAUCCUGACUUUAAUUCAAGCCUUAAACAGACGCUGGGCGAUCCAAUGGAUCGAGUUAAAUGGCGAACCAAACAAAACCUUGAUUUUGCCUAUUUAAUGAUGUACUGUCAGUCAAGAGGAGUCUAUUAUGUUCAAUUGGAAGAUGACAUUAUAACCGAACCAGGAUUUUUGACCAAAAUGAAGACCACAGCUCUUAAGCACACAGCUGAACGCAAAGAUUGGUUCAUCAUUGACUUUUGUAGUCUCGGGUUCAUCGGUAAAAUGGUUAAAGCCGUUGACCUUCCCUUUUUAAUCAUCUUUUUCAUUAUGUUUCACAAUGACAAGCCUGUUGACUGGUUGCUCUUUUCAAUUGGUAACGUUCGCUAUUGCCGAACCGAUGGUACGGAGAAACAAUGUCGCCAAGCCAUUUCACGCCAUUGGAUUCAACAUUGGCCUUCACUGUUUCAACACAUUGGAACACAUUCCUCGCUGAAGGGAAAAGUUCAAAAGUUGAAAGAGAAGAGCUUUGGUAAAGUUUCAGGAUUUCAGGCUCACACUGAUAAUCCUUCAGCAACUGUAACCUCAACCAUUCAACAGUACAAAACCUUCUCUGCUUCUGGUGUCUACGAGGGUUACACUUAUUUUUGGGGCAUUUCACCCAAGGCGGGUGAUUACAUACUCAUUGAGUUUACUGAUCCAAUUGUGAUUGACAAGUUUUUCAUACGAACCUCCAAUUAUGAGCAUCCGGAGGACAAGUUUUACAAUACUACGGUUGAGGUUCAGCCACUCUUUAAACUUCUGCCUCCGCCACCCGAUAUUGUACCGUCUAAUCAGUUAUCAUCUUCAUCUUCAUUGUUAAUGUCAUUACAGUCAUCUCCAUCCAACUCACAUCCAUCCUUUGAUCAAGCAUCUGGCUCUUUCAGUCAAGCUGAUAAAGUUCAAUUAACUAAUCAAUACAACCGGACGUCCGAUGGUUUUGUGGUUGUUGCUGAUUUCAAGUCAACAGGGAUUGCUGAAGGUUCUUGUGCUCAUUUAGGUGCAGUAAAGAUGCUCAGAAUUCAUUGUCACGUCGAUUCUAGUAAAUGGGUUCUAAUUAAUGAAAUUUACAUAAAGCCAAAGCUAAAGUGAAAC